UUGUGGUUCUGUGUUCUAUCUGUCAAGUGUCAACUAGAGAUUGUCAGAUAUUUCAGGAUAUUUCAUUUCUCGACCGAUUGAAAUAAAUCACGAAAAUGUCGUCAAUUCUCAAAUUAUCUAAUUCUAUCGCGAAAUUUUCCAAAAAUUCCGGUGUAUUGAAGGCCACUAAAAGUAUAAGAAAUGCAUCCACCGCCUUGAAAAACGAAGUUCCAGUUUUAAAUGUACCUCCAACAACCUGCACAACACUCAAUUCGGGGGUUCGUGUGGCUACCGAAGACUGGGGUUCUCAGACAGCAACUGUUGGUAUUUGGAUUGACGCAGGUAGUCGCUAUGAAAAUUCUAAAAAUAAUGGGGUAGCCCAUUUCAUGGAACAUAUGGCUUUUAAGGGAACUGGCAAAAGGACCCAAGGCCAGUUGGAAAUCGAAAUUGAAGAUAUGGGAGCUCAGUUGAAUGCCUACACAAGUAGAGAACAAACCGUAUACUACUCUAGAUGUCUUGCCAAAGAUGUACCAAAGGCGAUAGAAAUUUUAGCUGACAUUGUUCAAAAUGCCAAGCUUGGGGAGCAAGAAAUCGAACGUGAGAGAGGUGUCAUCCUUAGAGAAAUGCAAGAAGUUGAAUCUAACCUACAGGAAGUUGUAUUCGACCACCUACACUCAACAGCCUAUCAAGGUACACCAUUGGCCAAUACCAUCUUGGGGCCCACUGAAAAUAUCAAGAGGAUCAAUGCAACUGACUUGAGGAGUUACCUUGACAGUCAUUACAGUCCAGGUAGGAUGGUUGUUGCUGGAGCUGGAGGUGUUAACCAUGACGAAUUAUGCAAGUUGGUGGAGACACAUAUUACUGGAACUGGUGGACCAAUUUCCGAUAUACCGUCUUUGGCCCCCUGUAGAUUUACAGGUUCAGAAAUCAGAGUCAGGGACGACUCUCUACCUCUAGCUCAUGUAGCAAUAGCGGUUGAGGGUGUGGGUUGGACAGACCCUGAUCUGUUGACACUGAUGGUGGCUUCCACUGUCUUGGGUGCAUGGGACAGGUCCCAAGCCUCAGCUAAACAAAAUGCUACCACUUUGGCCAGAGCAAGUGCUGAAGGUGACCUCUGCCACUCUUAUCAAAGUUUCAACACAUGCUAUAAGGACACUGGACUGUGGGGUGUCUACUUUGUUUCUGAUCAUCUUAAAAUUGAUGACAUGAUGUUCAACAUUCAACAAGAGUUUGUAAGGCUCUGCACACACAUUACCGAGGGUGAAGUCGAAAGGGCAAAGGCUCUGUUGACCGCCAACACCUUAUUACAGUUGGAUACUUCAACUUCAGUAUGCGAAGAUAUCGGUCGCCAAUUCUUAUGCUACGGUCGUAGGAUACCGCCACAUGAACUGACUCACAGAAUCAACUCCAUAACUGCACAGAACGUUCGUGAUGUAUGCUUCAAAUACAUUUACGACAGGUGUCCUGCUAUUGCAGCUGUAGGACCUAUUGAAAAUCUACCCGACUACAACAGGAUCCGUAGUUCCAUGUACUGGCUACGUGUCUAAUUUUAAUAAAUUAUUUGAUCAGUUUUUGCUCGAAGUAAAAUACUUGAUUAUUUUUUUCGUCAACCUUUUUCCAACUCUGAUUUGUAAAUACUAGAUGAGAAUGUAUGUGUAUGAUUGUACUACAGUUAUUUGAUAAAAAUGUUCACCAGUGGA